AUUUCCAUUGAACCACAUGAAAUAGACGGCCCGUCGCUACUAAAAAUCAAUAUUUUUUGGUUCCAAUGGAAAGAAAAAACGUAGCAAUAUCUUUUUGUAAGUGUAUUAGUGUAGCAGCUGUCAAAAGUAUACUAAAAUAUUUACAGUAAUAAUCCCGCGUCUCGUCUAUUGUUUUGAAUUCAAUUUCAUUAGCUACUACCGGUCUGGGGUGAAUUGAUGUUUAAUGUCUUUUUAAUUGUUUAAAAAUGAGUUACUCUAUUGAUCUAUCUGACUUUGACCUGGUCAUUGAUGAGUCAGGGAAUUUUGUUGUAGAGGAUGAUCAAAUUCUAAUACAACACCGAAUAACAAAAGAAGAAGUCAACGUGCUUUUUGCUAACGUCGCUCCAUUUUAUGGUCUCUAUGAAGAAGGAGAAACAAGUUUGGAAACACCGGCCACAGAGCCCACAACAAAAGCAGCAAUUCAACAUCCGCCAUCACGAACACCGUCGAUGGACUCCUCAGCAUCAUCAACAUCACUACCAUCAUCACCGUUGACAUCAGCACCACCAACUCCAACCCAUGUCGGAAAGAAAAACAUCACAAAAAAACCGAAAACAAACAAUUACCAAAAAGUAAAAAUUUUCAAAUGGGAUGAUAACCAAACAAAAUUUUUGCUGCAUUUGUAUGGAAAAUAUAUGGCUUCUGUAGGCCCCUUUGGGCAAUUCAAAAAUAAAAAAAUGAUGUGGUGCUUCAUCGCCGAAAAAAUAAGCAAGAGGUUUAACGAGAAAAUAUCCUCCAAACAAGUUGAAACACGUUUCAACGUAAUUUCGAAAAGAACGCGAAAAGUGAUUGACAACAAUAAUACCAGUGGUGCCGCUUAUGAGGAAAUGGAUUUUGGUGAGGAAAUGCACGAGAUUAUUCAGAGGGAUGACUCUUUCCUCUUAGACACAGGAGUGUCACCAGGAAUAAUCUAUUCCAAAAAAGGUUCAAUACCUUCAGCGCAAGCCACUUCAAAAUCGAUCUCAACAUCAGCGCCGACCUCUGGGUUGGCGUCGACUUCUGUACUGACGUCAACCUCGGAAUCAGCUUAGACCUCGGGAUCAGCGUCGACCUUGGGGUCUGCAUCGACUUCCAGGGACACAAACCAGCCACGUCAUCAACGCCAACGACAACCACAGCAAAAUCUAUUGCAACAAUUGGUCGAUACCAAUCAGAAUUUUUUGGAGCGCUUCUUGAAAAGGAAAGACGAAUACUACAAUGAAAAAUUAAAAAUACUGAGAAGUAUCUCUGAAGAGUUUAAAAAAAAGUAAUUUUCAAAACAAU